AUGGACGCUUGCCGGCAGAUCGCGCGCGUCCGACCCGCGUGGGCCGCCGAGUGCGAGGGCCUCCUCUCUUCGUACAUGGCGCAGUGCGGCAGACGCCUCUCGGCUGCGGAGCAGGACGAGUUUGUCGUCGACCAGUUCCUCUAUGCCGAUGUGCGCCUCUCGUGCGAGCCGUGCCUGCCUCCGAACGUCUGCGCCCUCGACGGCGUCUCGCUCGUCGGUCGCUUCUUCUUGCAGGUCGUCGACGUGGCCAACGUUGGCGCUGGCCAGGAGCAGCGCCACGAAGACACGCCCAAUCGGCUUCUCAAAAUGUGCUUGACCGAUGGUGCCCAAGUGAUCUAUGGCAUCGAACAUGCGCCGCUGCGGAGCUUGAGCACGAAAACUCCCUCCGGCACCAAGGUGAUCGUCCAGAACGCAGACGUGCGUCAUGGUCUGCUCAUGCUGCGGUCGAUUGACGUCCUCGGACAAAGCUUCAACCCGACGCUAGAACAGCCCAUUCAAGCUGCUGAUCCGUCCAACGCAGGUGCGCUGGUCCCCGCCGUAUCGCCAUCGAACCACCCUCGCCCGCCCGUUGCGACGCCAUGUGAACCUCUGAGAACGAAUGCUUCUUCUGCCCCAGCGCAACCUCCGUAUACCCCUGUGCCACUACCCAUCCGAGCUCCGACGACAUCAGCGACGCACGUCGUGCCGCCGGUCCGACCGCCGUCGCCAGAGCCAAUUGACCUCGACCUCUCGGACGAAGAGCGCACGACGGACCCGGCGAUUCGACAUCUCUUUUACGGUCCGUCGACCAGCAUGCCGCCACGCCAACGCGCUGCUGCCGGACCUCGCGUCCUCGCACCACCCGUCGUCGCCUUGCCUCCGGCGCGGUCCGACCCGUACCUUCCGUUCGCGUAUCUCUCGGGCAUUGAAGCGCAGAUCGCGGCGGCGACGUCGCCCAUCACGUUCCAUUUCACGUUUCAUCUGAAAGCGUUUGUCAAGUCGGUGGCGGCCUUUGCUUACGCAAGCGGGUACGACCUCAAGGUCUACAUUGAAGACGGCACGCGCACGCUCCUCGUGGCUGUCGCGCCCGCGUUUGUGGAACAGCUCAUGGGUGUGUCGUGCGCCGAGUUCAAGCACGCGAUGACCGUCGACUUGCCCAAGGGCGCUGCGUGGGUCCAAAACAUGCAGCUGCGGCUGCAAUCGCUCGAAGGCAUCAUGAGUGUCCGGUUUCGGCCCGGAAGCAUGCCGCAGGUAGAGAAGUGCCAAGACUACAGUGCGGCGACGGCCCACGCGUUGCGGGCUCGGGUAGCGUCAUUACAAGCACGAUAA